UGAACGGCUGCGCUAAGCCGGAUUGGGCGGGCCCAGGAACGAGACAAUUCGUUGCACAGCUUCAUCAACAUUUCGCGCGCGCCGACAUUCCAACUUUUGUUCCUUUCUCUCUCUUCUCUCCCAACCGUCGUCACUCAUCCCGUCACGCCGUCCACCAUAGCAACCAUGUUCGCCGCUUCCAGAAUCCAGACCCGUGCCUUCUCGGCCUCUGCCCGCCAGCUUACCAAGGUCUCCGUCCUUGGUGCCGCCGGUGGCAUUGGCCAGCCCCUCUCCCUCCUCCUCAAGCUCAACCCCAGAGUCUCCGAGCUCGCCCUCUACGAUAUCCGUGGCGCCCCCGGUGUCGGUGCUGAUCUCUCCCACAUCAACACCAAGAGCACCGUCAAGGGCUACGAGCCCACCGCCUCCGGGCUCGCCGAUGCCCUCAAGGGCUCCGAAAUCGUCCUCAUCCCCGCCGGUGUCCCCCGCAAGCCCGGCAUGACCCGUGACGACCUCUUCAACACCAACGCCUCCAUCGUCCGCGACCUCGCCAAGGCCUGCGCCGAGUCGUGCCCCGAGGCCAACAUCCUCGUCAUCUCCAACCCCGUCAACUCCACCGUCCCCAUCGUCUCCGAGAUCUUCAAGAAGGCCGGUGUCUACAACCCCAAGCGCCUCUUCGGUGUCACCACCCUCGACGUCGUCCGCGCCUCCCGCUUCGUUUCCGAGAUCAAGGGCACCGACCCCAAGGACGAGAACAUCACCGUCGUCGGUGGCCACUCCGGCGUCACCAUUGUCCCCCUCUUCUCCCAGAGCAAGCACCCCGAACUCUCCAAGAACGAGCAGCUCAUCCACCGCGUCCAGUUCGGUGGUGACGAGGUCGUCAAGGCCAAGGACGGUGCCGGUUCCGCCACCCUCUCCAUGGCCAUGGCCGGUGCCCGCAUGGCCGAGUCCCUCCUCCGCGCCGCCCAGGGCGAGAAGGGCGUCAUCGAGCCCACCUUUGUCGACUCCCCUCUCUACAAGGACCAGGGCAUCGACUUCUUCGCCUCCAAGGUCGAGCUCGGCCCCAACGGUGUUGAGAAGAUCUACCCCGUCGGCCCCAUCGAUGAGGUUGAGCAGAAGCUCCUUGAUGCUUGCCUUGUUGACCUCAAGAAGAACAUCCAGAAGGGCAAGGACUUUGUUGCCGCCAACCCCGGCAAAUAAGUGCAUUUCUUUACACUAGCGAUAGCUUAGAGAAGUGUUACUGAAGCGAGCGGCGCAUUUUUCUUUUACGUCUCUAACCGACUACGCUGUCUUCGCUCUCUAGCGACA